AUGUUGCGUGUCAAGCUGCCAACCAGCAUCCAGAUCCACGAGAGACCAGGCCAAGUUGUUUUCAAGCUCGCUGACAGGCAACCACGCCGCGUACCGCGGCGCGAAGUUUCGUUGCCGUACACGUUUGAUGGCUUUCGCAGUAACAACAAUUUCUUGGUGAUAGAGAUAAAUAAUGAAUUCGAUUGCAUCCUGGGCAUGCCUUAUGUGGCACGCUGUAAGCCCCAGAUCGACUGGUUAUCCAUAUCAGUGAGACGUCGAAGCCAGUUCGACGUCAGCGAAGUGUUCGCCCAUCGCUUGGUGUCUCCAAGGGAUUGGCCGAACGUUACAGUCGUGGAUCGUGCAUCCACGACACCGGCGGUACACAGAGUGAGCGAUGGCCCUCUCAGUGCCGCUUGUUUCGUGCCACUACGCACGAGUGACAAUAUCUCCUUGCUGAAAAGCGAGGAGUCCGACGUGGACGGGCAGUGGCUCCCGCGUAAUGACGACGCGGACGAGCAGUGGCUCCCGCGCGAAGACGACACGGUCGAACAUAGGUUUCCGCACGAGAGAGAAGUGGUCGAACACGAAAAGGUGUUCCCACCUACACCCAUUUUGGUCGUGCAGAGGCUCCCACAAGGGCAAGAUGUAGCCGAGCAGGGGCUCGCCACCGAGUGUGACGUGGAUGGACAAGAUUCCCGCGUGCGAACAUGA